UCUCAUGGUAGCACAUUUAAGAAGCUGGAGAUAGAAGAUGGACCAAACAGCUUUCUGUUUUAGAAGACCUAAUGAAGCAAGCAAAUGACAAUUCUAUAAAGAGAUUAAAAUGCCGUACUGCAAUUGAGGUUUGUUUGUCUGCAUCUUGGAUGCUACUGGGUAGCUGAAUUUAUAGGUGGGACUCAUAUUUAUUUUUACACCUGUGGUGCACUUUAAAUACAAAUGAUUGCCCACCUCUUCCUUUGUUUUAAAUUCUGCUUUCUUAUCAGUGUAAAAUACCUGUCAGUAUUCUGAUAUGAGGGUGCUCUUUUCCCUAGGUCAUCAUCUAUCUUUAUGAAACCAACUUGGUGUGAAUGCAGUAUUCAAAGUGGGUGGAAUCUCCUUGAAUAAAGGAGAAGAUGGAGGUGCCAACAGUCAGCAGUAAAGAUAAUGGUGUAUCUCAUGUUCUGACUCUAGCGCUGCAAGAGCUCAGUUUGCUCUGCAAGAGAGAUGUCAAUGGUGUUGGCAUGCUGUAUGACCUGCUCAGAUCUCGCUGGCUGCAAGCACUGCUAAAGAUUUAUGAAUGCCUUCAACACUAUAUUGGAAAAAAACCAGAUCCUGUCACGCUGCAGGCACGUGCAUUGAGUCGUGAGGUAGUAGAGUUACUGCAUGAAGCCCCUCAGUCAGGAGAGAUCAAAGAGCUAAGACGGCUACUGCGUUCUCCACACUUCAAGGCCUUGCUAUCUGCUCAUGAUACUGUGGCCCAGAAAGAUUUUGAACCAACCCUUCCACCACUGCCAGACAACAUACCUGAAAAUGAAGAAGCUAUGAGGAUUGUCUGCUUAGUGAAAAACAACCAGCCUCUGGGUGCCACCAUUAAACGCCAUGAGAUAACAGGUGACAUAACAGUUGCCCGUGUGAUCCACGGUGGGCUGGCAGACAGAAGUGGUUUGCUGUAUGCUGGAGACAAACUGGUGGAAGUAAAUGGAGUUCCUGUUGAGGGUCUUGAACCUGAACAAGUCAUUAAUAUUCUGGCCCUGUCUCAGGGGACAAUUAUGUUCAAAUUAAUUCCAGUUUCUGAUCGGCCUGUCAGCAACCAAACAACACUGUAUGUGCGAGCAAUGGCAGAUUACUGGCCCUUGCAAGAUCCUGCCAUACCAUGUGCUGAUGCAGGUUUGCCUUUUAAGAGGGGUGAAAUACUCCAGAUUGUGGACCAGAAUGAUGCUCUCUGGUGGCAGGCCAGGAAAGUUUCAGAUCUCAGUGCAUGUGCUGGACUCAUACCCUCAAAUCAUCUUCUUAAAAGGAAGCAGCGAGAAUUCUGGUGGUGUCAGCCCUUCCAGCCCCACCUCUGUCUCAAAUCUUCAAUGUUAAGCACUGUGGAAGAAGAGGAUGACAUGCAGAUUGACGAAAAGUGUGUGGAAACAGAUGAAGAAACAUUUGAGUCAGAGGAGCUUAAAGAAGAAGAGGAAGAAUUUGGUGAAUUUGGUCAACGAGUCUUUAUUGCUGGAUUCCGCAGAAGCAUGCGGCUGUGUCGCAGGAAGGCCCGGCUCAACCAGCAGUCCUGCUACUCCCGCUGCCCCAGCAGCUGCUACAGCACCCUGGCAGCUCCCUACGAAGAGGUGGUGAGGUACCAGCGGCACCCAACAGACCGGCACAGACUAAUUAUCCUCGUGGGUCCUGCAGGAGUUGGUGUGAAUGAGCUACGGCGAAGGCUAAUCACAAGUAACCCACGAGAGUUUCAAAGUGCCACACCUCACACCACUCGUGUUCAGAAAAGUUAUGAAAUGAACGGUCGUGAAUAUCACUACAUAUCGAAGGAAACUUUUGAAAACAUGGUGUAUAGCCACAGAAUGCUGGAAUAUGGGGAGUACAAAGGGUACCUGUAUGGUACCAGUAUUGAUGCAGUGCGAACAGUCCUUGAUGCAGGGAAGAUCUGUGUAAUAGAUUUAGAACCGCAGGGUAUACAAAUAGCCCGGACCCAUGAGUUAAAGCCCUAUGUUAUAUUCAUCAAGCCACCCAGCAUAGGCUGCAUGAGGCAGACUCGUAAAAAUGCCAGGAUCAUUACGGAUUAUUAUGUGAACAUGAAGUUCAAGGAAGAAGAUUUACAGGAGAUGGAAGAAUCAGCUAAGAAAAUGGAAGCUCAGUUUGGUCAGUUCUUUGAUCACGUGAUUGUGAAUGACAAUUUACAAGAAGCAUCUGCGCAGCUGCUGUCUGCAGUACAUCGUGCACAGGACGAGCCCCAGUGGGUCCCUGCAGUAUGGAUAUGCUCAGACAAUCAGCCCUAAUUCUAAACAGCAGGCAGCUUCAGAAAGAUUACAGCUUAUGUUUUACUUCAAGAAUAAUCCUAAUGUCAGGAUCGCAAGAAUUUAUCUUUGUAUGUGAGGGAUUUGGAAGAGGAUUAGGAAAGAAGCUCCAACAGGAGAUAUAAUCAUACUAUGUUCUGUGUAGCUCUUGAGCUUUUUAUGUUACACUUGCAUCCACUUUUGUACAAAAAAGAAAAAAAAGAAAUACUGUGAGUACUCAAUUACAAGAAUAAAGAAAAAUCUAUUUUGUUGCAUGUAUCUGUGUUAUUUACUUACACAUAAGUUCAGAAAGGUCCUGUCUUUUUAUUAUGCUUGUUCUGGCUUCUAUGAUGCCUUUACAUUCUAGAAGUCUUACAAAUGAUAUUAAGUAAGAAUGUGCUUUUUUUGUAUGGUGUCUGUCAGCAGUAUUAUUUAUGAAGGUAUUGGUUUGUUGCUAAUCCUUUUUACCUUUAAGAUAGGAGUGGUGUUGGCAUAAUAUUAAUUACUCCAAAGCCCAGUUAUCUUCAUAAUAGUGUAAAUAUAUCUUUUCUGCUCUUCCAUCAGCUCAAGUGAGUACAAACUGACAGAACGUGGACUUACCAAAGAGGAAAAUAAUCAGAAAACCUUUCUCUUGUUGGGUUGGUCUGUGGUAGCACAGUCUUCUCAUCAAAGGGUUCAAUGCUUGUAGCAACUAAGUUCCUCACUCUCUCCACCUCGUAUUUGUAGCUGUCUUGCUGCCUGAGGUAACAGGUGGUUAUUUUGUUCGCCUACCUCAUCUUGCAGGAAAAUCAACAAAAGUGAGUUAAGCAGUCUAGAAAGAGGUUAUAUAAAGACACAUAUUACAGCCAGCAGGAUGCCUGCUUGCUCUAGAGCCAGGGCUUGUAUUCCCUGUUUAGACGUAAAAUGGGAGAAAGCUAAGCCCCAA